AUUAUUUCCCCCCCAUUCUUGCGGAGUGCGCGGGAGGACAUCCCAUAGUGACAGGUUCUCAGUUCGUCUUGAGAAAUGGGCGGAAAUGUGUUCACAAUUCAAAUCUACGAGAGAGAGCAACAUCAAAAAGAAGUUCAACUUAUGGACUGACAUUUGGCGAUAGCAAUCACCUUUCUAAAUCGCCUUUUCUUCUAAGCCAAUCAACCAACAACUGUGCAGCCAGAAAAGAACUUUCAUUAAGAUUCGAGCUCCUAAAUACGAUUCUCUCGUUGGUUUGACAAUUUAUGGUUUUAGAAUUCGAACUCUCGUGAUUAACGUUUGAAUGAGUCUGUCCUCUGUGUUUUGAUUUUGAAUCGUUUGUGAUUGUUAUCGUUCCGAACGGUUUGUCUCUUGCUUAUUUCCUUACUUAUUCGUCUUUGUAUAGCUCGUUUUCUUUGCAUAGAGUCGCUCGUUGUUUCCUCUCGUAAUUGGAGUAUCUAGACUAGGCCUCGUGGAUCAUAUUAUCGGUGUCGUUUUCUUUCGUCGUAAUACUAUUUGAAAAGAGGAGUUUCAGCAUUUCACGGAGCACAAGAUCGUUGACUAGGAAGAGCGAUAUUUAGAGAUAUUGAUGUAUCUAUAUCCCAAUGGAUCCCUUUUGUCCAAUAAAGAAUAUCAAGAAAGAAGUCAUUAGAUAGAAGGUCAUUGGUUAUUGAUCGCACAAGUUUUGUCAGCUUCUUUAAAGAAUUCUUUUGCUGAAGCGCAAAAAUGUCUGGCGAGUGGUUCGAAUGUGUCUGUCAGUUCUUCCGAGCACAGUCGGAGAGCCUGACAGGCGUGCUGCAGUCGCUCGGAAACCAGAACACAAUCAGUGAUAUCGGAGCAACGGAUACCUUGGCGAUACCUGGACAGAACAAUGGUUUCAUGGGCACGGGUGUGGCGGCAAGCCCGUUGCAUCUUUUCAUGCUUUUCCUCGCCUUUCUCUGGGCAUGGAUGUACCUCCAAUCACGAGGACCCAAGGUACAACUUCUAAGACCACAUCACCUUCUCGCGAAUGCAAAUAGUAUCUAUCAAAUUUCUGAUUUUUUUCUGACCCCUUUGUAAGUUCUUGUAUGUUCCUCGUCGAGAAUUGCAGCAACAAAUGAAGCUGAUUUCUAAGCUAACAUCUACAGGUGAAUGAGAAACCAGCAGGAGGCGCUGGCGCGGACAGCGAUCGAUCAGACGAAGCAGGCGGCUCCGACGGUGGUGGCGCCGGAAUGGCAAACUAGUGUGUCGCGCGUGCAAAUUUUGAUCGCAGAAGGAAAAUAAUUCAACAACGCUGCUUGCAUUGUUUCUUCGCUGCAGCACAUCCAGGGAUAUAAUCCCAGCAUCCUGCUCUUGCCCGACUACCUAGUAAGGAUACCUCUCAUAGUAGUACCCCUCCUCUGCUGCCCUGCCAUGGAAUUCCUGAUUGCUGCCUUAGAAGACAGCGGAGAUACGAAUCACCCACCUACGCUGUGCGGCUAUUGGGAUGAGAACAAUGGGCUCUAAGAUAGAUGGUGAUUUCGAUAGCAGAACUCAACUUGUUAGAUGUUGUGAUUGUGACGUCGAAGAUUGUGCAGAACAAGACGUUGGUGGCGUUUCCGGUCUCGAGGUGUUAAGGAAGACCUUGUUCGAUCCGUCAUGAAGAUAAUGGAAUUCAGCAUCGAUGUGCAGGAGUCGGAGGCUCCUACUUUUGAUGAUGCAGUGAAUCCGCAUUCGUUCUCGGAGCAUAUGAUCUCAUAUUCCGGCGCUGGCCAAGAAAUGAACUCGGUUUCCUUACUUUAGAUGAAGAAAUUGCAGUACAACAGGACUAGAAUCAAUGCAUGAACUACUUAUGUCAGAUGUCUAUAAACUUGGCACCAGCAUAAAGGCUCACGUGGGAGGUUGUCAUGUACAUUCUAAUUGCGUUUAUCCAUAGAGAAAGUUCAUCUAGUUGUUGUUGGAUGUAGUCAUUAGCAUGAACGUGCAGGAAUCAACGAAUUCAGGCAUUUUUAUGUUGAGAAGUUUUGACCGCAGCAAAGCAUGCUGGUGCUACACAAAGAGGAAAACAUAUGUGGCUACGGGCGUGUGCUAAGCUGAAAUAAGAACCUCCUUAAACAAGAAAGCAUCUUCAUAGACUCAUCCAUGACGGCGGCAUCGGCUGCACUCUCUAGCCAAAGGGCCGACCCUUCAGAGAUCAUUAAACACCCCUGAUAAGAACCACUCACUGAGUUUGAUGUGGCCCGUCUUCAUGGUUAAUGGAGUAGCUUGAAGCCAGAAGAAUCGUGUGAUGUCCGAUUCGGCGCGCAAAACCAUACUCUACUGAACGCGCAGGCGUGCAUCAAACACAAACUACGCCAAAAAAGCUGCCACCAGAAGUUACACUAUCUUCAGUUUUGCUAGUAUUUUCUGCUACGAGGGGGUUUGCUUUGAAGGACCAUGGCAGAGCUUCAAUUUUCUAUUUCGUUGUACAUUUUUUUACUAAAUUCUUGGUCUUUCUCGUCAGAACGAUGGGUACUUCCACCGAAGAAGAAACGCCAACCCCGACAGAACUCACAAUUUCGAAUCGUCUAUCAACAGACACGACCUAGCUCAAUAUUUGAUUCCCACCCGAAACAAAUUAAGAUAAACGGCACACACUGUCCGUCGUUGUCGGACGACUCCAAAAUGAGCACGACGGGUUGUGCCUUUUACGCG